UAGAGCUGUGGGGCUGUUGGGGGAAUCUUUGCGACGGCUGACUGAGGUGUGAUGACCGGCGGAGCGGAUUACGGCAGCGAGAAGAUGGCGGAGGAGGAGAGGAGCGGCAGGGCUGAGGAACUGAAGGAGAAAGCCAACAAUUACUUUAAAGAGAAAGACUAUGAGAACGCAAUCAAGUAUUACACGGAGGCUCUCGAGCUAAACCCAUCCAAUGCCAUCUACUACAGUAACCGGAGCCUGGCAUACCUGCGCACUGAGUGCUAUGGCUACGCUUUGGCAGAUGCCACUCGCGCCCUUGAGAUCGACAAGAACUAUAUCAAGGGAUACUACCGGCGGGCCACAUCUAACAUGGCCCUGGGCAAGUUCAAAGCUGCCCUUAAAGAUUAUGAGACGGUAGUGAGGGUGCGUCCCAACGACAAAGAUGCCAAGAUGAAAUACCAGGAGUGUAACAAGAUUGUAAAGCAGAAGGCCUUUGAGCGAGCCAUUGCCAGUGAUGAGCUCAAGAGAUCAGUGGUGGACUCCUUAGACAUUGAGAACAUGACGAUUGAGGACGAGUAUGCGGGUCCUAAACUCGAAGAUGGGAAAGUUACGUUGAAGUUCAUGAAGGAGAUGAUGGACUGGUUCAAAGAUCAGAAGAAACUACACAGAAAGUGUGCUUACCAGAUGCUGGUUCAAGUAAAAGAAGUUUUAUCCAAACUCCCAAGCCUUGUUGAAAUCACAUUAAAAGAGACAGAGAAAAUAACUAUUUGUGGGGACACGCAUGGCCAGUACUACGAUCUUCUAAACAUCUUCGAGUUGAAUGGUUUACCAUCUCCGACAAAUCCUUAUCUGUUCAACGGUGACUUUGUGGACCGCGGCUCUUUCUCAAUGGAAGUUAUUCUCACACUGUUCGGUUUCAAGCUGCUUUACCCAGAUCAUUUCCAUCUACUGAGGGGUAACCACGAGACAGACAACAUGAAUCAAAUGUAUGGCUUUGAGGGCGAGGCCAAGGCCAAGUACACGGCGCAGAUGUUCCAGCUGUUCAGCGAGGUCUUCCAGUGGCUUCCACUCGCUCAGUGCAUCAACAGCAAAGUGCUGGUGAUGCACGGUGGACUGUUCAGUGAAGAUGGCGUGACCUUAGAUGACCUCAGAAAGAUUGACAGAAACAGACAGCCUCCAGACUCGGGUCCUAUGUGCGAUCUCUUGUGGUCAGAUCCUCAACCUCAGAACGGGCGGUCCAUCAGUAAGCGUGGUGUGAGCUGUCAGUUUGGGCCCGAUGUCACCCAGCGCUUCCUGGAACAGAACAAGCUGCAGUACAUCGUGCGCAGCCAUGAGGUGAAGGCCGAGGGCUAUGAGGUCACUCACUCAGGGAAGUGCAUCACAGUGUUCUCAGCGCCCAAUUACUGUGACCAGAUGGGUAACAAAGGAGCCUACAUUCACCUCAGGGGAUCUGACCUCAAGCCUGAAUUCCACCAGUUCACUGCUGUGCCUCAUCCGAAUGUUAAGCCCAUGGCUUAUGCCAACUCUCUGUUGCAGUUGGGAAUGAUGUAGAGGCACUGGGUUGUCCAUCCGUCUCUCAGCAGCUGUUCCUAUCUCAAGUCCACACCAAUCCCUCCAGACACGUCACACACUCGUCUCAUUCCUGUUCCGCACAAGCGAUUAGUCUCUCACAGGCAGGCGCUCACAGUAUUCGGAGUUCGCAAGGUGUAGCGGGAGAGAACUAGAAUCAAAAGCUACGAAAAAAAUACAAAAGCAAAGUGGGGAAUUUCCUGUUCGUAAUCCAGUUUCCCCCAAGUGUGAUAGUCAUGGGUUAAAAACAGACGUGUCUCUUCUUCCUUUGUUUUUUCUUUUCUUUUUUUUUCUUUUCUUUCUCAUGUCUGUAGAGCUGCUAGGUUUUUAAUUAAAUAGAAGUGGUUGAUUUUUUUUCAGCUGCGGGACACGAGGAGCUGGAUUGUACCAAAGACCUGGGACCCUGUGUAUCAAACGACUUGGGUGGGAGGCGAGUGGGUUAGAUUCCUGACUGACCACGCUUUUUUUUCUUUUCUUUGGUCUACCUGUUAGAAUGAAUGACUCUUGGUUGGUUGAUGCAUAAAAGGUCCUGAAAUUGAACCGAUUUAGAAAUGUCCACCCCCUGCCCCACCCUUCCUCCAAAACCAAUUUGCAUUUGUCAAACCAUACCCCUGCCCCAAUCCCUGCCCCCUUAAAAAAAGCUUUGUUGGGAGGGACAACAGUGUGUUCCUGUGAUACUGUAGCAGUGAAAUCAUCCUGUGCUGCUUAGUUUCGUAACUAGUCACCUCGAUCUGUACUCCGUACGUCAUCCGUCUUAGAUAGCAGAGUCACAUUGAGUGAGGUUCUGGAACCGUCUCGGGAGACUUCACUCUUAACGUCUAGUAGCCAGACUGUUGUCCGUCAUAUGUGUGAUUACAAAAAAAAAAGAAAAAAAAGAAAGAAAAACUCACCAGACAACUGUACAGAUUACAUGCCACUGUAACUUCUACUCUAUUCCCAGCACUUACACUUACAUCACCGUUUCAGCUCUUCAGCUCUUCCCCUCCUACGUUUUUUUAAACAUGGGGACAGAUCAGUAUUGUAAAGCUCAGUAAGUGUCAAUCGCACUCCAUUCCGUUGAAAUUCCAGCUCCCACGCACAUGUUUCUCUCCCAACUCGCUUGACUGAAAUGCACUGGAGAUGUCUGUGGUCCCCACUGUACAUUCGUUCCUUCGUUAAUUCGUUUAGCUCCCCGUACCCUCCCCCAUGUGUGGAUUUGUGACAGAUCAUGGCAGAUGUUCAGAAACCCAUUUUCCUCUCUCUUAAAAACGCACAGCAGCCAUACCCCCCAUGCCCUUGACUUUUUAGAAAAUGUUAUACACAAUUGUGUAUGUAUAUACAGUAUAUACUGUAACAUUAAAAAAAAUCCCUGUGUACAUGUUUGGAAAAAAAAAAGUUAUUGAAUAAAAAAAAAUCCAGUUCA